AUGCACAGGAUAUACACCACCCCGGGCCUCUACUCUGUCGCCGAGAAACAAUCCCUCGCAACCGCCAUUACUGAGAUUUAUGUAUCUGGUGGCCUACCCCCGUUCUAUGUCAACGUUUUCUUCAUUGAAGUACCCAAGGACUCCUACUAUAUCGGUGGACAGCCAGACGACAACUUUGCCCGCUUCAACGUCCAACACAUCGCACGGGCCUUUCCCGAUAAACCAUACAAGCUCCGGUUCAUGCAGGCAUACGAGAAGGCUCUCAAGCCGUUUACCGCUGACAAGGGAGUCAACUGGGAGGUCAACGUGGACGAAGCGGAUCCCUUGGUCUGGCAUACGAACGGAGUAUCCCCGCCUGCGCCCGAUUCCGAGGGAGAGAAGCUGUGGGCGAAGCUGAACAAGGUGGUUCCCUUUGAGGGAUCAGCAUUCAAAGAUCUUGAUUGA